AUGCAGCAGAACCCGAGAGAGUCACUUCGGUCGUACGUUCAGAGGUUCCAUGAAGAAAGCGUUCAAAUACCUGACCCCAAUAAGCAAGUCACCAUUGCUGCUUUCACCCAUGGACUUGUAGCCGGAGUAUUCAACACGGGGAUCCACAAGAAGUAUCCCCGCACACUCCACGAACUAUGGUUGAAGGUCGAGAAGGGCAUACAGGCCGAGAACCUCAACCGCAUGAAGAAAGAAAUCCAAGCUGCCCGCCCGAGGGCUGACCCCCGAAGAGGGAAUGAGCUUGGCCGAAGUGAAACGGGGACAGGAAGCAGAUUCCAGAGUCCCGGCCGAGAUUGCCGCAGUGUAUUUGACAGGAUCUCCAAGGGGAAGUCACCCAUCCCUGAGUCCGAACUGACUCCCCUGAACACCACCCGAUCUCGGGUGUUGUCCAUAAUAGAACAAAACAACCUCGGGAAAGCACCCCCCAAGAUGUACGACAGCAGAGAUAAGAGAAACUCUAACCUUUACUGCUUAUAUCACCGGGAUAUAGGGCACGAAACCGAGGACUGUAACGAUCUCAAAAGGGAGAUCGAGAACCUCAUUAGGCAGGGGCACUUAAAGCAGUUCAUCCGCCGAGGUGGGCGUGAUGAGAACCGACGUGACAAACGAGGUGACCAACGCCAAGACGAAAGGCGAACGUCGAGAAGCAGUUGUAGACCCCCUGAGGAUCCUAGGAAGACAAAAAGGCCUCCCCGAGACGGAUCUUCAGGUCAGGGGUUAGGAUAUGGGCCAAACAUUGCCGGAGUGAUUAAUACAAUUGCAGGAGGUCCGACGGGAGGGGAUAGUCAGAACUCCCGGAAGAGGACCUAUAGACAGGCCAACCCGGAACAAGUCGAGUCAAGUUCUCGUCUAUCCGAGGUGAUCACUUACGGGCCCAGUGACCCCGUCCCAGCUGCCUCGAGUAGCCACGAAACUUUGGUGAUCGAAGUGCCCACUAACAACUAUAUCGUCAAGAAGGUUUACAUCGACCCAGGGAGCUCAGUGGAUGUUAUGUACCUUCGUACAUUCGAGAGCCUUAAGUUGGCCAGGGACCACAUGACCCCGGUGAGAACCCCUCUUGUAGGAUUUGGGGGACACAUUGUGCAUCCAGAGGGAAUGGUGACCCUGACGGUGACCGUGGGACGUCACCCCCGUUACCGAACUAUCCCUGUGAAUUUCGUAGUGGUUAAGGCCGACUCCCCAUACAACCUGCUCCUAGGUCGGCCCACGCUUAAUGCUCUACGGGCGGUAUAUUCCACCUACCACCUGAGAUUUAAGUUUUCUACUCCUGCGGGGGUUGCCGAGGUCAGCAGCGAUGUUUGUGCGGCCCGAGAGUGCUACCUCGCCACUUUACAAGCAGCCUCCCCAUCUACCUCCAAUGCGAGGUCCGAGAAGAGGUCAAAUAUCCUCUCAAUAGAUUGCAUUGAUUCUCAGCAAGCUGGGGAGAUCCCGAGGCUGGAGACUGGGGAUGAGGUGGAAGAAAUUCCCCUGGACCCCACGAAGCCUGAUCGGACGGUCCGCGUCGGCACCGGACUGCCUGGUCCGAUUUAA